AUGAUGACAGAGGUGUGUGUGGAGAGGGUUAUCCCCCAGUUACGCUGUGUCAUUAACUUUUGGGUGUUUGAUCGCAUGAACAAACUCGCCUUCAGCCGUCUCACAACUGCUGCCGAUGCCAGACAGAGCCUCUACGCGGACAUCAGCGAAGCCGUGCUUGAUGAGGUUCUCGACGAAUUCGCUGUAUACUAUGAGCAGCAGCUAGCAGCUGCUGCGGCCGCCAAAGCCGCUGAGGAGGAGGUGAAUACCGUCAUUUUUUAA